AUGGUUCUCAUUGAUUCUAAUGGAGAUAAGAUCCAUGCGAGUGUGAAGAAAGAAUUGGUUAACCAGUUCGAGCACCAGCUGGAGCAGGGGAAAACUCUGACUUUCACUAAUUUUUCUCUGAAUCAUUCGGUUGGCUCAUACCGGACGACAAAUCAUCUUUACAAGAUCAGUGUGUUCGCCACAACGCGUGUGAGAAGUUGUGAGGCUUUGCAUGUAAGUUUAAAUGGCUUCACACCCGUGAACUUCCAUGAAGUUCUUGAUGGUAGUCUCAACCCCGAUUUUCUAAUUGAUGUAAUCAGACAUGUUGUGGAAGUUAGCCAUGUUGAGAUGAUUUCCGUGAACGGAAAAGAAACCCAAAAGAUUUCACUUGAGCUACAUGAUCUAGCGGAUGUCCGUCUUCCGAUGGUCUUGUGGAGAAACUUUUCUACUGAUGUCACGAACGCUAUACAGUUACGUGAUGAGGGUCGUGUGAUCUUGGUUUUGAGAUUCGGCAAGAUUAAGGUUUGGAAAGGUAAAUUGAAGUUUGUCUACGCUUUGGUUAACACUAUCAAUAAUUGA